CAUUUCAUCAUCUGACUACAUAUUCUUCAUUCAUCGAAUUAUUAGCAUUAUUUUUAUUUUCUAUAGGAAAUCAUUUCUUUUCAUUUUCUAUUUCUAUAUUUUUUUUUCUUUGGUGGCCAAUCGUAACCAAAUGCGAUAUUAUUGUACAUUAUGACCGAAUAUAAAUUGGUUGUAGUCGGCGCUGGUGGUGUCGGCAAAAGUGCCUUAACCAUACAAUUAAUUCAAAAUCAUUUUGUUGAUGAAUAUGAUCCAACUAUUGAAGAUUCAUAUCGUAAACAAGUUGUUAUUGAUGGUGAAACAUGUUUACUUGAUAUAUUGGAUACUGCUGGUCAAGAAGAAUAUAGUGCUAUGCGUGAUCAAUAUAUGAGAACCGGUGAAGGGUUCUUAUUAGUGUUUGCUGUCAAUAGUGCAAAAUCAUAUGAAGAUAUAUCUACAUAUAGGGAACAAAUUAAACGGGUUAAAGAUGCCGAAGAUGUUCCAAUGGUGCUAGUUGGAAAUAAAUGCGAUCUACCAACACGUUCAGUUUAUAUAAAUGGCGCUUAUGAAGUUGCAAAAAAUUAUGGUAUACCAUUUGUUGAAACAUCAGCCAAAACAAGAAUGGGUGUUGAUGAAGCCUUUUAUUCAUUAGUACGUGAAAUACGUAAAGAUCGUGAACGUCGUGGUAAAGAUAAAAGAAAGAAUCAAAAAUCAUCAAAAAAAUGUAUCAUUCUUUGAACACACACACA